AUAGCCGAACCUCAGGCUCGGAACCUUCUUUUUACGGUCUAUGGUACAGUGGCCACCACGCUAACCUACAUUUUCAGUCGCUUGUUACUCGCUCCAUGUAUCACGGCCACCGAAUUUAUAUAGGAAAUUUCAUUUCGGCGAAAUUAGAAAUUUAAAUAGGAUUUGGUUGAUCGCGAUAGCAUGGCGGAGCAUUCUGAAAGUCCGAUUGAGUCCGUGAUGGAGAAGAUAAGCGAGAAGAUUCACGCUCAUGAUUCGUCAUCUUCUGAUUCCGAUUCUGAUUCAGAGAAGAAACCGGACUCGCCUUCGUCGGUGAAGGCGAAGAUUUUUCGUUUGUUUGGGAGGGAGAAACCUGUACACAAGGUUUUUGGUGGAGGAAAGCCUGCUGAUGUGUUGUUGUGGAGAAAUAAGAAGAUCUCAGCUAGUGUGCUUGGAGUUGCCACUGCUAUUUGGGUUCUUUUUGAGUUGAUUGAAUACCAUCUUCUUUCUUUAGUGUGCCAUGUUUUGAUCCUCUCCCUUGCAAUCUUGUUUCUGUGGUCCAAUGCUCAUACAUUUAUCAAUAAGACCCCACCUCGCAUCCCACAAGUUCAUCUUCCAGAAGAGCCAUUCCUGCAGAUUGCUUCAGCACUGACAUUCGAAAUCAACCGAGGUUUUGCAGUCUUACGUGAUACUGCAUCUGGAAAAGAUUUAAAGAAGUUUCUCAUUGUUAUAGCUGCCUUGUGGGUCUUGUCAAUUGUGGGGAGUUGGUGCAAUUUCUUGACCUUGUUCUAUACAUCAUUUGUUUUACUGCACUCGGUGCCAGUUCUAUACGAGAAGUAUGAGGACAAGGUUGAUCCAUUUGCAGAGAAGGUAAUGAUUGAGAUAAAAAAGCAAUAUGCAGUGUUUGAUGCCAAGGUUUUGAGCAAGAUCCCAGUUGGUGCUUUGAAAGCCAAGAGGGUUUAGAGAGGUUGUUUGUUCUGUUUUGUGCAGAUGUUUUUUAAUCAUGGUUUUGUUGGUUGUGAUUGCUCUUCAUAUUUUGGUAGAGCGCUUCCUUUUUGUAGCCCCAUCAACUGUUUACAAAUGUUUCUGGUUGCAGUUUUGAAUGACUGGUAUUUCAUGGGGUUACUUUCAAGUUGGAGGCUUAUUAGUUAUUUGAAAACUUUAUGAUCUGUCUGCAAGCACGAUUUUUGAUGUUUCCAAUUGUUAACUUUCAAGUUGGAUGUCUUUUGGUUCCUUGUA